CUUCUCUUCUUUGUACCAACAGAUGGACAUGUUAUUUUGAAGUGAUUGCCAUGAUAGUUUUAUCUUAAUUACAGUCUUAAUCUAUUUCACAUUGAAAAAAUCAUGUUAGGUCUUUAUGAUAUUGUAAAUCGUGAUUGUUGUCUUUCAUUAAGAGGACAAGCACCCUUAUGUAUCAAUUUCUUAAAUCGUGGGUUUGUUUGUUCUAUUGUUAUAAAUGUUUGGUUAAUGUGUGGGAAGAGAGUGGAAAUAUGGUUGGCACUAAUAAUCGCUAAUGACAUCCUGUCAUAUAAAAUUGCUUGAAAUUGAAAGUGAAGAUAAUGUUGACAUGCCUUAAAAUAUUACUAUCUAUGUGGUCUUUUGUUGGAUCUAAAUGAAUAUUUGGUCUUUAGUGCUUCUUAUCCGUUGCCCUGAAUUACUAAUACCCCAUUUAGAAGGCAUUUCGAGAAUUCAUAUGUAUGAUCAUAUAGUUACAGUGGAGGAUAUCAUAUUUUAUAUUGAUAUGAUAGAUGCAGAAUGCUCCAGCAAAUAGGAUGUUUUGAUGGAAAACUAGCAUAUCAGUGGUAGAUAAAGUGAAAUUUAAAAAAUAAAAUUCAUUUAUUCAAAAGUUCUUGCAUUUGUUAUUCAUGUGAUCCUCUUUCUUUGUAGUUUAAUGUUGCUCAUUUAUUUGUGUAAGUGACUAUUACCAGAAGUAUUGAGUUAAGUGGGUGAUUAUUUGAUUAUUGCAGGAACCUGGCUGGAGAAAUUGCGCAAGAAUAUGCCAAGCGUCAGAGUGAGGAAGCUCCCAUCGAUGAUUUAAUGGAGCUUGUGCACCAAAUUGUAGCUUUUCAUAUGCAGGCAAGAGGCUUCUAAGACUUUUAUUUGUGACUUGUGUAUUUCCUUUUCGGUUUAUCAUACUCUCCCAUGCACAUGUUUGAAUGCAUAGCUACCAUUUUGCUUUGUCCGCUGCUUGGUAUUAGACACGUUGAUAUUGCAACAUGUCUACCUAACCCCUGUUUCUCAUCAGUUUGAUAAGUUUUUAUGUUUUUAUUUUCAGCACAAUGCUGAACCAGAGGCUGUUGAUCUUUUAAUGGAGGUUGAAGACCUAGAUCUCUUGGUAGAGCAUGGGGACAAGAAUAAUUUCAAAAGGACCUGCUUGUAUCUCACAAGUUCGGCCAAAUACCUUCCAGGACCGGAUGAUAUUUUAGUUUUGGAUAUUGCAUACAUGAUUUACAUGAAAUUUGAAGAAUUCACUCGUGCGCUUCAGAUAGCUUUGUAUCUUGAUAAUAUGCAGUAUGUGAAGCAGAUCUUUACCACGUGCAACGACCUUUUGCAAAAGAAGCAGUUUUGCUACAUGCUUGCUCGACAGGGCAUUACUUUUGAGCUUGAUGAAGAGAUGAGUGCAGAUGAUGAAGAGAGGGAGGGACUACAAGAAAUCAUUAACAAUACUAAAUUGAAUGAAGGUUAUCUUACACUUGCUCGUGAUAUAGAGGUCAUGGAACCAAAAUCCCCUGAAGAUAUUUACAAGGCUCACUUACUUGAUGGUCGAGCAAGCGCUGGAGCUAGUGUUGAUUCAGCCCGACAGAACUUGGCUGCGACAUUUGUGAAUGCUUUUGUAAAUGCCGCCUUUGGCCAGGAUAAAUUGAUGACAGUUACAUCGGAAGCUUCAAGUGGCUCUUCCACUAACUGGCUUUACAAGAACAAAGAUCAUGGAAAGACCAGCGCUGCAGCUAGCCUGGGUAUGAUUUUGCUCUGGGAUGUUGAUUCUGGGCUAGCUCAAAUUGACAAGUACUUUCACAGCACCGAUACACCUGUUAUCGCAGGUGCAUUAUUAGGGGUUGGAAUUGUAAAUUGUGGCGUCAAGAAUGACUGUGACCCCGCAUUGGCACUUCUGGCCGAUUAUGUUGACAGAGAAGAUUCUUCUAUCAGAAUAGGUGCUAUAAUGGGUCUAGCACUUGCAUAUGCUGGUUCUCAGAAUGAACAAAUUCGGAGUAAACUCAUUCCUGUACUCGGGGAUGCAAAGGCAACCCUCGAUGUGAUUGCAUUUGCUGCCAUCUCCUUGGGUAUAGUUUUUGUUGGUUCUUGUAAUGAAGAUAUUGCACAAGCAAUCAUAUUUGCGUUGAUGGACCGGAGCGAGGCUGAAUUAAGUGAUCCCCUCUCACGACUACUACCUCUUGGGCUUGGUCUGCUCUAUCUUGGCAAGCAGGAAAGUGUGGAGGCUACAGCUGAGGUAUCGAAGACCUUCAAUGAAAAGAUCCGGAAGCAUUGUGACAUGACUCUGCUGUCCUGUGCCUAUGCGGGGACAGGAAAUGUUCUUAAGGUUCAACAUUUCCUGGGUCAGUGUGCACAACAUCUCGAGAAGGGUGAAACUUUUCAGGGUCCAGCUGUAUUGGGAAUAGCAAUGGUAGCAAUGGCUGAAGAACUUGGGCUUGAAAUGGCUAUUCGCUCCUUGGAGCAUCUCUUACAGUACGGCGAGCAGAAUAUUAGGAAAGCAGUUCCUCUGGCUUUGGGUCUACUCUGUAUUUCAAACCCUAAGGUCAAUGUCAUGGACACCCUUAGCAGACUUAGCCAUGAUUCUGAUUCUGAAGUUGCAAUGGCUGCCAUAAUCUCUUUGGGCUUGAUAGGUGCCGGAACCAACAAUGCGAGAAUAGCUGGCAUGCUCCGGAAUUUGUCCAGCUAUUACUAUAAAGAAGCUAGCCUCCUCUUCUGUGUACGAAUUGCUCAGGGUUUGGUCCAUUUGGGGAAGGGCCUGUUAACCCUUUCUCCCUACCACUCUGAACGUUUCUUGUUAUCCCCGACUGCCCUUGCUGGACUAGUUACUUUAUUACACGCAUGCCUCGAUAUGAAAGCAAUGAUUUUAGGGAAGUAUCACUAUAUAUUAUACUUCCUCGUUCUUGCGAUGCAGCCGAGAAUGCUCUUAACUGUGGAUGAGAACCUCAAGCCUCUUCCCGUGCCUGUUCGUGUUGGACAAGCUGUGGACGUUGUCGGUCAAGCGGGUAGACCAAAAACUAUCACAGGGUUCCAAACCCACACGACCCCUGUACUUCUGUCUGCUGGAGAUAGAGCUGAACUUGCGACAGAGAAGUACAUCCCACUUUCACCGAUUCUCGAGGGGUUCGUAAUUUUGAAGGAGAAUCCAGAUUAUAGAGAGGACUAGUAGGUUGAUGGGACGAGGACGACUGUGUUGACAAUUCUUGCUAGUUGUAAAAGAUCAUUCUUUGGAUGAGUUUCAGUUUUUGGACAUAUUAUGCAUCCAGAGUCUCUUUUUUCUGUUCUCCUUUCAAUAGAAUCGUUGAUGAACUCUACAAUCAACGCCCUUUGAGUAAUUUAUUUUUGAUGUGUGUUUUAAGGCAUAUCUUUGACGUUUUCGUACCCUUGUCAGUCCUUCGAACUGAGUAUGUACUUGUGUUAUUUAGUUCCAAUGACAACUACCAAGCCUGCUUUAUAGGAGACAUGAGAACACCAAAACCUGAUCAAUUCCAAAAUCUAUAGCUCCUUUGAUGCUAACAUCAAAAGAGUCAAUUCCAGAAAAAAAAAAAAAAGAAAAAGAAAUCAAUUCAAGCUCACCUUUAAUCCACCAAAUUCAAUCAAUAUUUCGGAUGCAAAAAUUAUUUGUUCUAUAGAAAGCAACAUAAAAUUGUAUUUCAUGAAAGUAGUUAAAACUAGUGACGCGGCAACCAUAAUAAUAAAGAUUUAAAGGAGAGAAUAAAUUAUUAUGAAUAAUAUAAACGUCUGAGUGUCUAACCAAAGUGUUUGUUUUUUAGAGUAAAACAUUA